AUGUCUUUCGAAGACUCUCCUUCCCUAUCACCUGAUAUCUCGGAUGGCCCACCCCAUCAUGGUCCCAAACCGCCGCCUGGCUUCCUCGCGCCGGCAUUGAACGGCCCUCAUCCCGGACUGGACAAAUUCUCGCUUCCAUUCCAGUCAAUUGUCAACAAGCUGAAGAAGGAGUACAUGUCGAAUCCCUCUGACGUUGCAUAUAUCAAAGCAAUACAUGCCUUGGACACAAGCAAGAUCCGUCUACUAGCCAAGGAGGUGGCCAACAUACAACCUCUAAAGCCCCAAGAGCGCCGCAGCUUCAUUAAUGGUGCUAGAAAGGGCCUUGCGUCGGCGGAUGGUAAAGAUUACAUGAAGGAAGCGGCCACCGCUGCUGGCAACGCUUGCAAUGCAAUCAAUGGCUUGUUCACCACUCUUCGCAAGGAGCUCAAGGAGAUUGACGACAAAAUGGAGGCUACUGGGCAGCACGUCGCUCCGUUCGAGCCUCUGCUCAAGCCGCUCCAACGGAAAUUCAAAGAAAUCAUCGCCAACUGCAAGACCCUUUCCUCCAAGGUCAGCAUUUUGGGGAAAGAAUUCAAUACCUCCAUCAUUGCAUACGCUAAAUCGAAUCUGGACACCCCAACAAAAGAGACGAGGAUCGAUAAAUACAUUGUGGAGGCCAAAAUGCUGAGUCAAGACUCUGCCUCAAUUCAAGCCGACUUGGACCGGCUUCCGGAAGACUUUUCAAAACUAAUGGACCGCUUCCAUGACUUCAGCAAACAACGACAACCCAACUUUCAUGCUCAGAUCGAAGUUGCAAGGCAACGGCUUGACCGACUGGACAAGAAGCUCAAGGAUUUGAAGCUUAAGUUGACGGCUGUGACGGCAUCAGCUGGAGUGGUGGGUACUCUCGCCGGUGCGCUAGCUGGAGUCUUCCCACCAGCAUCGGCGUUCAUCCUCGCAUCUGGAUUACUUGCAACCGCAGGGCUGGGUGUCUACGCAGCUAUACUUGCCGCACAGAUCGAAGAGAUUGAGCGUGACAAGCAAGACGCGAAGAGGCGACUGGAUCGUUUGACGGCCGCAGAUGCAGCCUACAGAGAAGCGACUACGGCGUUGGAGCAGUUGGGCCUGGACAGCGAUGAGACCUUCACAUCCAGCAUCGACCUGGUGCUGAAGCUUCUCGGAAACGUAACAACAGACGCCGAAUCCAUCAAGGAAUGGCUGUCGAAAGCAGGAGACGACGAGGCCUUACCAGAGGUGAUGGGCACAGACUUGAAAGAGGCCGGAGACAUCUGUACGUCUUGUGUUGUCUCUGCGUCACGCGCAUCGUCUCAAGAACUCGUGGGCCUCUCGAAUACUGACAUCAAUCUGACAGAUGAAGCAAUGAGCCAAUAUCUCAACAUAUUCGAGAACAUGCUGUAA